AUGGAUUCCUCAACUCUUCCAAUUUUAAGUCAGGCUUCAGAGUCUGCGGAAAGGAAUGGAUCCUCUGACCCGGAAACAAUGAAACAGAUGGUGGUUCUUGAACGGGACAAGAUCCAAGAGUUGAAGAAAACGGUUCCAGGGAUGUGGCGAUUACCUACAAAUCCCGACCUUUGUUGUAUCUACAGAGUCCCAAACUGUAUACGCGAAGUAAAUCCAAAAGCAUACACGCCUCAACUAGCCGUGAUUGGUCCUCUUCACCACUGUUUAAAAUCUCAAGCUCCCAAGGCUCUUGGAGACGUCGCAAACACAAAGUCAAUGGGCUACAUAAACGUGGAAGAGCACAAGAAGACUUACCUAGCGGCCUUCGCACAAAGAGUUCAAGGGAGAAAAACCAUCGAUGAGUUCAGGAGAAUUAUCGAAGAAGACGAAGCGAUAAUUAGAGCAAGCUACUCAGAAUCAACGGCUUGGAUUAAAUCUCCAGAGUUCGUGGAGAUGAUCUUGCACGACUCUGUUUUCAUAAUAGAGAUCAUGUUGAGGUAUUCCAUAAUAGGACCACAGAGAACAGGGGAUCCUCUCAUGGACGAGCCUUGUCUUGAAAACACAGUGAAGAGAGAUCUCAUGUUGCUCGAGAACCAGCUUCCUUAUUUCAUCCUCGAGAAACUCUUUGAUCCAAUUGUUCCAUUACUCCGUCGCGACGAGACACUCCGUACACUUGUUAUUAGUCACUUUGGAUUGAGAAAGAGUAAUCUCAAGAACAACACAAAGUUCAGACAUUUCACUGAUCUGUAUAGGAGUGUCCGCGUGGAUAAGUUUCAGAAGUAUGAUAGAGAGGUAAAUUACACGUUCCACAUGCAUAAUGCGGAUAAGCUAUACAGUAAGGGAGUGAACUUUGAGGUCGUAAAGGAAGAAGAAGAAUUCUUCGAAGAGUUUUCGUCUGUGGAGGUGAAAUUCGAGCACGGUUGUUUGAAGAUACCCUGUUUCUUAGCUGAUGACGAAGUGGAGAUAACACUUAGAAACAUAAUGGCUCUUGAGCAAUGUCACUACCCUUUCAAUGCUUAUGUAUGUAGCUACGUCGUGUUCUUGGAUUUCCUUGUCGACAAUGAUAAAGACGUCGAUUUGCUCGUCGAGAAAGGGAUAAUAAAGCAUUGGAAUGGGCACCAAGGUUUGGUGACUAAAAUGAUAAACAAGCUCUGUGUGGGAGUCGUGGACCAUGGCUCUUACUAUUCUGAUUUGGUGAAGAGUGUCAAUGAUCGCUACAAGCACCCAUUCUAUAAUUCAUUUGGCGUCCUUAGGCGAGUGUAUUUCAGCAACAUGUGGAAAGGAACAGCCACCAUAGCCGCGAUCUGUAUAUUGCUGCUGACCCUUACCCAGACCGUCACUUCGCUCAUUGAACUUCUCCAGAAGAAGAAGAAGUAG